AAAAACAUGUCAUACAGUCAACAAAGCGUUCUACCACCCAAAUUACAAGAAGCAAUAGAUAAAAUUAUUCAGAACGAAGAUUUCAUAUCUUAUCACAUACAAGUCAAGAGAAUUGAAAUAAAUAAUAGCUUUGUCGGCGAAUAUAGAGAAAUAAAUAUCAGAGGUGAAAGUAAAAAUGGCAAUAAAGAACUACAAUUAUUCACUAAAACUAAGCCUGAGAUCUUUGAUGAGAUGAGUAAAGCAGUGAAGGUAGUGAACGCAUCGAAUGUAUAUAAGAUAGAAGCAUUUAUGUAUUCUGAAUUCCAUAAAACAAUAAAUGAAGUACAAGAAGAAGCCAACAUACCCUUCGAAGAGAGAUAUGUACUUGCUAAAAGUUAUGUUAGCAGUGAUGAAAAUACUAUUAUAAUGGAAAACUUGGCAGCCAAAGGGUUCACAAUGUAUCCGCAUCAACGAGUGAUAACACUGAAGUUCGCAGAGCUAGCAAUACAAAGUUUAGCCAAGUACCACAGCUUUGCCUUCAUACUUAAGGAAAGGCGUCCACUUUUUUAUGAGAAUAAAGUGAAAAAUAUGAAACUACCUGUAUUUUAUGGUAAAGAUAUUUUUAAUGAAACAGUCCAGAAAUAUAGCCAAAUUACCAUUGAUACCUUAAAUCCAGAACAGAAAAAGAAGUUGGAGGAAUACUUGCCGACUACUUAUGACAAAUAUAAGAAAUACACACAAGAUCCGGCAGAUAUUUGGACUUUAGUGCAUGGAGAUUACAAAGCUAGUAAUGUUCUAGUAAAAUUUGAAAAUGGCGACGUAAUCGAAGUAAUUCCUAUUGACUACCAACUUCCUUAUUACGGCUGCUCUAUCGUCGACUUGAUCUAUUUUUUAAUUAGCAGUACCGACCGAGAAUUCAGGAAGAACUACAUGGAACACCUCAAAAACAUGUAUCAUGAAUCUAUGAAGAAUUUUUUGAAACUAUUUAAUAUGGAUAUUGAAAAAUACUAUCCGAAAGCAGAAUUUGAGAGGCUUUUUAAAGAGAGACUAGAUUUUGGCCUGAUGCUGGUACUGUGGUUGCUUCCAGGCGCUUUGGGGACUCGAGCCACAAGUCGUGAUACUGAAGUUAUUUCCGACCAAAGCAAACUUAAUGAUUUGAUCCAAAAAAGGCUUAGUGACAUCGUUGACGAUUACAUUCAAUGGGGCUACUUAUGAUUUAUAAUACAAUAAAAUAUACUUUAUAUUUAAUUUUAAAGUUAUUCAUAAAUAACUGAAUGAUAUCAUUCAGGAGUAUU